GUGGAGAACUUCGCCUCCUCGUAAACAAGAUGUGUAAAUGAGAUAUUACAUCAGCAAUCCCCCCACCCAGUCCCCCGUCCUUUGGGGCCAGAUACACCCCUCUCUAUUAAUGAGUGGAAUUAAUUCAUAGAAGCAACUGAAUUUGCUAGAGGCAGUUUCCUGCCGCAGACACGCAGCCCCUGUUUAUUAUUUUAUUUACUUAAGGUGUUUAUAUUUGCUAGGAGACAGGCCUGUGUCCCUUAAACAUGCAUGUUUGUGCAUGCGAAAGCUGCCCUCAAAUCCCCAACUCCAGGGUGAAUCUGCCUAACAGGGCUUGCUCGAUUGCAUGGUAUAGGCCUUUCUGCGUUGGCCAUUGUGGAGUGGACCUCUUUCUUCCCCCGGGGAGCUAUCCCAGCGCUCCAGAAGGCCCAGAAAUUCUGCACCAGCCCUUUAUUUUUGAAUGCUUAAAUUUGGCAGCUCUAAAUUCUACAGCUCGGAGGGCAAGCUGAUGCCCCCAACACGCGUCUUGGGUUUUUCUGGGUCUGCGGCUCCCUUGACACAGGCUCUGCAGCAGGGUGUCGCAUUUCCAGACGCCCUCUUCCCGUCUCUCUCCCUCUCUUUCUGCCAUUUGCACAGAGUUAGUUUUAAUAUUUAAUGGGCCAGCAUCACCCCCGAGAGGCCGACCGUGCAAACUUGAGGGGAAGAUGCUUCUGGAACUGCUGGCUGUUGCAAUUCGCCUCCUCGAAUCCAUCUCAUUUAGGCCUCUCUGAGAAGCCACAUUUUAUUUUAUUUUAAAAUAAAACCGUUUUCUUGACCUGAGCGUCCCUGCAUUCUGGUGGGCAGGAGCUUAAUGAACUCCUCAUCCUCAUAACCGCCCAUCUUUGCAGUGCCGAGAGGCCCUGAAAGCACCGGAUUAUUUUAUUUAAGGUGAAGAACUACAAUGCCCGAAUUUAAAAAGACAUAGGAAACUGGCUUACACAGAGUCAGACCCUUGGCCCGUCUAGUUUGUUGUUGCCUGCACUAAAUGGCAACAGCAGCAGCCCUCCCAGGUUUCAGGCAGGGGUCUUUCUCAGCCCUACCUGGAGAUGCUGCUGCCAGGGAGUGAAUCUGGGACCUUCUGCAAGGCCAAGCAGGGGCAGAGCAAUGGCCUCCGAGAGACAAUUUAUUGCAGAGUCAGGGACUGGCAAAAAUGAAAAGCUUUGGCUGGUUGGUGUGAAUCCGUUCAGCACACGGGACAAGAGAUGCUGGACCAGCAUCCAAGGAUGUUAAGGGCUGGCAGGGUACCUGGAGGGCUUGCAGUCCAGGUCUUGCGCCCUGACAGGUGGCCUCCCAGCCUCUAUGGUGGCCCAAAAAUGUGGCGCGCCCUUUCCUUCUUCUCUGGCCUCCCCAGGCUGGACCAGAUGGCUCUUUGGGUCUGAGCCCGCGCCGGGGCUCUUCAACAGUCGCUGCUAGGCGUUAGGAAUAGAGCCUCCACGUCCAGGCGCAGCCUACCCGCGGAAGCAGGAGGCUGGUCUGGAGGGGCUCUGGGGGCGCAUUCCGGCGGGAGGCCCCCACUGGCGAUCGGUCUCCGUCCUCCGCCCGCCUGGCAAAACUCUGCAAGCGGGGCUGGGGCGGGGGGAGGCUGCUCUUGCUGUGGCAGCCCCUCCCUGCGUGCUCCCCCCCCUUCUACCCCGCCCGCGCCAUCUCCAUCUUCGCGGCGGCGGCGGCAGCAUCUGCUGCUCCAGCUCCGCCCGCCUCGCCAUCGCCGCCGCGCAGGGGCGCAGCCAGGGAGGGAGGCGCAGCUGCCGCGGAGGAGGAGGGGGGGUGACUCGGCACGGGGCGGGGGGGCUGCUGCAGCUGCUGGGCCCCCACUGCGGCCAGGCCUCGUGCGGCUCCGCCUCCCCCUUGCAGGAGCCGGCGGGGGGCGCGCGGAGGAGGAGGAGACGCCCGGCGGGCCCGCAGGUGAGCCGGGCAGGGAGGGGACCCCGCGCCGGGGGGCGGCGGCAGCAGCAGCAACAGCCUUGCACCACCUCCCACCCCACCCACCGGGGACGCGCCUGCCUGCCCGCCGCCCUAGAAGCCGCCGCCGCUGCUCCGGAGUGGGGCCCCCCAGCCAGCCAGCCAGCCAGCAUGCAGCGCAAGAAGCUGGCCGGGCCGGAGGCGGCAGCAGCAGCCCAGGACACGCGCCUGCUCAUCGGCCUGGGCAGGAGCCGCAGCUCGGGCCCCUUCUGCGACCCCAGCAGCAGCAGCAGCCCCCUCCCCAAUGGGGGCCCCGGCGGAAGCUUCGAUGUGGACGAUGAGGACGACGACGACGACCCCAUUUACAUAUACGGCGACGGGGCUUACAGGGGGGCCAGUGGCAACUUCUUCCGAGACGGGACGACAAAGAUUGACUUUGUGCUGGUCUGGGAGGAGAAGGUGCGUCGUCCCUCGAAGAAGAGGAAGAGCAAGCAGGCGCACCCUGAAGGCGACCGGGCAGCGGGGCCGGGAGGCAGCCAGGAGCAGGCUCUGGGGCGGCAGGAAAGGUGGAAGCGGAAAUUCCUCAAGAAUCUGCGGAGUGCGGGCCUCUUGAUGGAGAAGGAGGAGACCCUGAGCGAGAGGAAGAGCAUCCACUACCUGAAGCUGAGCGCCCCCUGGGAGGUGCUGGUGUAUUACGCCGAGGAGCUGUGCAUGCGCGCCCCUCUCCAGGCCCACCCUAACCCGGACAGGAACAGCUCCGGCGACCUCCUCCAGAAGCUCCACAUCCCCAACGCGAUGGACCAGCGGGUCCCCAACAAGCCCAUGGACUACUACACCUGUGCCUUCCGCAAGUCCAAACUGGACAAGUUCCUGGGCAGCGACUCUCACGACACCUACUUCACCAACACACAAAGGCAUCGCAUUGUCUAUGAGAUCUUGGCGCGGACGGUCUACGGGAAGCGGAAACACGCGGAAAUCGGCAUCGACCGGCUGCUGAAUGAAGGGGUCUAUGCCGCAGCCUUCCCACUGCACGAAGGCCCCUUUGAACUCCCCGAGUACGAGGUGCCCGGCGAAGAGCUGAAUCCGCGGCAGAUCCUCUUCAGCUUCUGGGCUCAGUGGCGCUGCUGGUACAAAUACCAGCCCUUGGACCACAUCCGCGAGUACUUUGGAGAGAAAGUGGCCAUUUACUUCGCCUGGCUGGGCUUCUACACUGCUUGGCUGCUCCCAGCUGCUGCCGUCGGCACGCUGGUCUUCCUGGCGGGCCUGUUAGCCAUGGGGGCGAACACCCCGGCGCAGGAGAUCUGCAACAGCGGAGGCCAGUUCCUGAUGUGCCCCCUUUGUGAUACCUGCAAAAACUGGAACGUCUCGGAGAUCUGCCCCAUGGCCAAGGUCGGCUACCUCUUCGACCACCCGGGGACAGUUUUCUUCAGCGUCUUCAUGUCCUUCUGGGCCGUGGCCUUCCUGGAGUACUGGAAGCGGAAGAAUGCCACGCUUGCCCACCACUGGGACUGCCUGGACUUCCAGGAAGAGGAGGAGCGUCCCCGGCCGGAGUUCGCGGCCAUGGCCCCCUGCAUGGAGCAGAACCCCAUCACGGGGGUGAAGGAGCCCCACUUCCCUGAGCGGGACCGGCUGUCGCGCAUCCUCACCGGAUCCAUGGCCAUCAUCAUCAUGCUCUGCGUCGUGAUGAUUUUUCUGGUGUCCGUGAUCAUGUAUCGGGGGAUCGUCAGCACCAUGAUGUAUCACACGGGGAACACCAUUCUGAUGACCCAGGCAGGCAACAUCGCCAACAUCAGCAGCUCCAUGGUGAACCUGGUCCUGAUCCUCCUCAUGAGCCAGGUCUACACCUCCCUGGCGGAGAAGCUGACCCGGUGGGAAAUGCACCGGACUCAGACGCAGCACGAGGACGCCUUCACCUUCAAGGUCUUCAUCUUCCAGUUCGUCAACUUCUACUCCUCCCCGUUCUACGUGGCGUUCUUCAAAGGGAGGUUUGUGGGGUAUCCCGGCCAGUACGGCAAACUCCUGGGCAUGCGGAAUGAAGACUGCGGUCCCGGCGGGUGCCUGAUCGAACUGGCCCAGCAGCUCUUCAUCAUCAUGGUCGGGAAGCAGAUUGUCAGCAACGUCCAGGAGUACCUGAUUCCGAAGCUGAAGGCCUGGUGGCAGAAGCGGAAGCUGGCCCGGGUGCGAGGCUCUCAGAUCUGCCAGGAGCCAAAGCGCUGGGAGGAAGAUUACGAGCUGAUUGAGUGCGAAGGCCUCUUCGAGGAGUACCUGGAGAUGGUGCUGCAGUUCGGCUUCAUCACCAUCUUCGUGGCGGCCUUCCCGCUGGCCCCGCUCUUCGCGCUGCUCAACAACUGGGUGGAGAUCCGCCUGGACGCCCAGAAGUUCGUGUGCGAGUACCGCCGCCCGGUGGCGGAGAGGGCCCAGGACAUCAGCGUCUGGUUCUUCAUCCUGGACGUGCUGGCCCAGGUCUCCGUCAUCGUCAACGCCUUCCUCAUCGCCUUCACGUCCGACUUCUUGCCACGCCUCCUCUACCAGUACGAAUACGACAGCCACCUCCACGGCUACGUCAACUUCACGCUGGCUUACUCUCCGCCAAGCUAUGUAGACAGCAACCACACCAUGUGCCGAUACAAGGCCUUCCGUGACCCCAACGGCAACUACACCCUCUUCUACUGGAAGCUCCUAGCCAUCCGCUUGGGGUUCAUCAUCACCUUCGAGCACGUGGUCUUCUUCUGCCUGCGCCUCAUUGACUGGCUGGUCCCCGACGUCCCCGAGUCCCUGGCGGUGAAAAUCAAGCGCGAGAGAUACCUGGCCAAGCAGGCCCUCGCCGACAACCAAGACGUGAUGCUGACGGUGAGUCGUGACUCCUCCCCCUCAGCAGCAAGCAGCUGCUCUUUACCCAGCAGCCUGAUCUAGCAACGCCAGCCAAGGUGGGAAGGGGAGGCCGAGCCGGACGAGGACCCCGGUUUCCUCUCUCCUUCCGAGGCGCCGGAUCACGAGCCCGGAGGCGGACGCGAGUCGUGGAGAGAGCUUCCCAUCCCGCCCUCCUGAGACACACCUGGAGAGGGAAUAACAACGGGCACAGCAAGUCGGGGUGGCUCCCACGUGCCCUGGAGGGGCCGGUUCUGCUUCAUCCCUGUCCUGAGCCCCGGGCCUCCAGAGAGUCCCCUGCCCCCCCUGUCUGAAAGUACAGCCUGGCCUCCUAGUUGGACGAGGCUGAAGAGGCACCCCAAGGACUCCGGACCGUAUUUACAGACCUCCCCUCCCCACCCACCCCGGCCGAAUGCUUCCAGCUGAAUUUCUCUCCUGAGUCCCUGUUCCCUGACAGCCUGCCCAGUCCAGCCAGAGGAAGGGCUGAGUCUUUCCAGGGCUGCCCCCCGCCCCCACAAGGGGCCUGUGACCACUGCUGAAGCACAAGUUUCCAGCCCCUAGCUGUAGGCAGAAUUGAAACGCACGCGCCCCUUCAGUGCAGCCCUUUCUGAUCCCCCAGAGAUGCCCAGUUGCUGGGCCUGCUUGCUGGGCCAGGAGGUGUCUUUUCCCAGCACUGGCUCUCCUGUAUUGGGCAGGGGGAGAGCAGCUGCCCCGCUGCAUCCUGCCGGAGGGUGUCUUCCUAGCGCUGUUGCUGGUCUCUCUCCCGUAGCUCAGCCCCUGCUCUGCAUGCAGGUUUCCUCUCUGGCCGCCGCAUAGGGCCGGGAGAGUUUCCUGCCUGAAGUCCUGGAGAGACGCUGCCAGUCCGUGUAGACAAGACUGAGCUAGCGGGACCAAAGGUCUGACUCAGUAGGAGGCAGCUUCCUCGGGUCCUUUAUGUUCCUUUUUGUUGAAAAGUGGCCCAUCGCUCCAAGGGCAACAGGAGCCGUUUCAGUUGGAGCUGCAGCGGAAGGCCAGAGGGGUGCCUUGGAAGGGUGGGGGUCUAGCCGUGGGUCUCUGGGAGCGUGCCAGGGAGAAUGGACAUGGGAGGAGGUUCACUGCCCACCCACCCCCCGUGGAAAGCUGAGAGUCUCAUUCGCCUCGUUUGCUUCAGCACCGCCGGAAGGGGCUGUGAUGCCUGUCCAAAGCUUGCAGGCAGAGAGUGUGGUGCACAUUUGCUUCCUCUUCUCUCUGCAUCCGAGCUGGCCCACCUCCUGAAACCCACCCCCUCCGCACCCCUCUUGCAAGCCGCAGGGAGGGGGGCCAAAGGAGCUGGAGGGCCUCCUUCCAGCUGCUGCUGCUGCUUGGGGGGGGGGUGGCAGGCGGAGUGGGAUCCAGCCUGUCUUCCUCCUGUGUUGUGAUUGAUGCUCAGCACACACUACCCAGCCCCGCUUCCGGCAUGUUCACCCAACCCUGCUGGGCAGCUGCAACUGCACCCACCCCUCUGUCUUGCAGGGGAAUGAAUAAAAUGUGGCAUGUUCCAAGUGUGGCGGUGGUGGUGGUGUUCCUGGGGAGUCCGGGCAGGCAAAGGAGGCCUUGCUGGGCACAGGGUGACUCCGAGGGUAAAUGUGGUUCGCACAGGAACCCCUUGCUGAAUUCUUUGCCCCGGCAAGGUGGUGGCACAAGGUCUCCCCUCUCCAGAGGGGCCAGCUGCCAUGGGAGGUGGCCCUUGAUGACCUGGCGAGGAACCAGCUCUAAUAUAACAGGUGUAGCAUAAAUGUGUGUCCCUGACACGUGUAGAUGUGCACAUAGGCAUUUAUGUGUACACAAAUGUGUGAAACAGGUGCAAUGUGAACUUGAGAUGCGUUCUCCAUGAGCCUGCUCAGUCCUGGUGAAUAUCAUCAUAGAUCUCCAAUUUUGAGCCCAUACAUUAUUCUGAGAAAAGGUGCCUCUCAGAUGCUGUGUGCUCAGCCACUUUGCACUCUGUAUAUGCUCUAGAGACACCUCAGAGUCAAAGGAAAUAAACACUAGCCCCUGGGAACUCCCUUGGGUCCUUCUGCAAGAGGAUGCAAUUUCUUGGCAGAAGACAUGAGAAAGACACAGACACUUUUAAAUGUUUACUAACAAAUAACAAGCUUUUACCAAGAAAUGAGAGCUGGCGAGAGGUGUGUGUGUGUUGCCUUAAUGAUUAGUCAUCACAAAUGCAUAAACACUGCUCAUGACAUCUUAAAGGAAGAAGAGGGGGAGACAGAGAGGUUUGGAAGAGAGAAGGGAGUGGAGCUGAAUUUCUCAAGGAAGCAAUCUUAUUAGCAGGCUGCAGCAGCUAGAGGAGUUGGCUGGAAGCUAAGACCCGGACCCAUUUGAAAGCGGAGGCCCGAAAUACAGAAGCAAGCACAGGAUCCACCUCUACUCUGGAUUCUUCCCGUCAGAGACUCUGUGCUGUAAAUGAAGGCCAGGCUCUCCACCGAUUUCCUCUUUUUCCAUCUUAUUCCUCCCAAAAUGCCUCUGCUGGGUUUUCCAUCCGUUCCCCAACUCUCACCUGUUGGAACCAAGGGAGAAAAGUGGUCAGAGCCGGGGAUCGAAAUGGAACCUUAAGGAGAACUUAUGAGAAGAAAUGAUGGAGACGCAAACAAGACGCUGGCCUCUUCUCCCAUAUUUGAUGGCUGCGUGAUUACCCUAGAAGCUAUUGGACUGAAAUUAAGGACAGAAUGGAAAAGAUCUUGCAAAUGGAACUGGCUUCCGACCCCCUUAGGCAGUGACCGGAAGCUGGAGAAGGAAAUCAGGGAGGCAUCAAGGAGAGACAGCGUUGUCAUAACUACCCAAUCAAGCCAGCAAAGGACCCUUGGUGGACCUCUCUGGGCAGCCCAGGGGCAGCUUUAAGCCAUAAGGGAAGGAAGGGGAAAAGGAGUCUUACCCAGAAAGGCCAGAUUUGCAGCAUUCUCCUCCAUGACCUCUCUGUGCAGGGCUCUUUGGGCCGGAUCCAGCAGAGCCCACUCCUCCUCUGUGAAAUGCACAGCCACUUCCUCACAGGUCACCUAGCCGGGAAAGAGGAAGGAAACCUUCGAUACCUGGCAGAUCACAGAACGCGUCUUUCUCUUGGAAGCACCAUCCAAAAGGGUCGUUCAAGAACACAACCCAUUGGGGAACUGGGGACUCCCCGUCCUGCUUUUCAACAAGGAGGAGGAUCAAAGUGGUCUUCGUAGCAAAAACGGUACUUUGAUUCACCCUGACCAGCUUUGAUAGGAGCCCAAGGGAAGAGCGCAUCUUCCAGGCCCAGAGGGAUGACCAAGGAAGGGAGCGCCUCUCUCCCUCCUGCAUCCCCCUCCCCCAACAACGCCCCCCCCUACCUGAACCUGUCCUCUUGAAGCUUCUUCUGCUCCACCACCGGAAAGGAGAGAGGCGGGAGGCUGCCUGGGCUGUGUCCUUCCAGCACCUGCAAAGGACCCCAAAGGGAAGGGGGGUUGGAGGAGAAUGAAACAAAGACAGAACCGAGUUUUGAAAAACUCCUCCACACAGCCCUUGUGCAGAAUUCAAUGUGCAGAUUGGGACUCGCUAUCCACAACUGUCCUUAAUCAUGACAUUUUUAACCCAUGGGCUCAAUCAUUCCCUGGGGGGGGAGGAAGGGGGGGUCACACAAGGGAGCAGCCUUGCCCCCCCCCUCCGGGAACAUUCCCUGCUCUCUGCCUUCCCUUGGGAUCUCUUGCACGCAGCACCGGAGAAAACGGGGACACCCAGCAGCGAAAAGAUGGACGGGGCCCAGAAGUGGGCAGCUAGGGCGGGCAGCAGCCAGAGGCAGCCCGAAGGGGAACUGGGAGACGGAGACAGGCUGUGGGGGGUGGCGUUCUUCAUCUGGCUUCCACGCACCACUGUCCUCUGGGCAGGAAAAGGGUCUGGCCAAGGUUUGCAGCAAGAACCUCCUGUUUUUGAAGGAGAAUUAAUUUCUAAUCAUUAUGUUUUAAUAACGAUUUUAUUAUAUUGUUUUUAUCACCAUA